AUGUCUAGACCAAGCUCUCAGAGUAUGGCAGGCACCAAAGGCAUUCAUACUCGGAAUAUGUCGAAUGCCUCUGCGCCACAAGACCCGAGGGCACAGCGAAGAGGCUCAGUUCUUUCGAAGCCAGAAAUACACUACACGGCCUUCAUCAGGCUGCCAUUUGCGCGCGGCGACUUUGUAGAUCCUCCGCAGGUUGAUUGGAACGCGACCAAAGAUCGAGCUCUAUGGAAGAUCAUCUCCCGGUCCCCGAAAACGGCCGACCUUGACUGGGAGGACUUGGCCCUAAAAUUCCAAGUCUCCCAAGCCUUCAUGCUUCAACAGGCAGCAUGGCUAUAUGAACGACACCUGACACACGUCCGCGCGCAAAUGAAGAAGGUUGGAGGCUCAAACACUACUGCGACGGGAUCUGGCGGUAGCUCGCAUACAGUCGUCGGCGGGAUACCGAUGAAAAGGCCUGAAAGUGGAGGUUCCGCAGCUUCGAGAACACCUUCUGCAUUAUCUAUUCGCCUCCGGGAUAGUCCCAUACCUAGAGGAGAUACUAGCACACCAGGAACGCCACGGACAAUGGCACCGCCAUUAUCCCGUAACCCAUCCACAAAUACAGUAACGCAAUCCCGGGCGCAUAUCCCAGCUGCAGCUACAACUACAGCCCCCCGUUCUCAUCUCCAGCGCUCGUUCCGCUCUUCCUUCCCUCCGCCUCUCAAAUCCACACCUCCGGUCCUCUCUCCGCCGCCUGAGCCCGCUACAAACACUUCAGAACCGGCAUCCCCAACCAUUAGUGCCCUCUCAUCCUCGAGCUCUUCCGAGUCCUCCGAAGAUGAUACGGCAAACCCGCUCCACCGCAGCCAGCUUUUCAAGCGCCCGCCACGCUUCCGGGCUCAGAAACCGCGUGGCCUCGCUACUCUUGAGGACGAAGACCACGAGGGCGACGACGAAGACGACUCGGGCGCCUUUCUCCCAUUUGCCCAAACCGAACGCACCUCAGAAGCGCCCAGGAAGGACGAUCCGAGUGCAACGCUGCGAGAUACGUCGCCCCUGCCCGAACGUGUCCCAAACCCAAAGUACCUCUCCGAGGACAUCAACAAGGCGCCCGUCUCUGCCACCCACAGCAACUUGCGCGGCGGAAGCUCCAAGGGGAAGGGCAAAGCGCCUAUGCAUCCCAUCAGCUCGUCGGCGACCAGCUCCGCCAGCGACGCGCCACACCGGCCGUCAGCUAUGAGUCCGCACGCUUUAAGCCCGCGACACCGAGCGGAGUUAGCGCGGUUGAGCCCGCGGAGGAGUGCGAGCGGAACGGGGGGUGGGAAGAGGGAGGGCAGUGAUGGGACGCCGAGUAUGGGCAGUAGUUUCAGUGAUUUAGAUGACGCUAGCAUAACGCAGUCGGCGCUUGAGGAGGCGCUGUUGAGCAAUAUGCAGCAUGGGCGCAUGAGUACGCUCAGCCAGCUUCGGUCGAGGUAUCUCUGA